CUUUUUCGGGGUUUUCAAGUUCUUUGAGUUCUUUGGGUUCUUCAGGUUCUUCAGGUUCUUUAGAUUUUUUAGAUUUUUUGGGUUCUUCAGGUUUUUCAGAUUCUUUAUCAUCACUGGGAGUUUGG